AUGUAUUUCUGUUUAACCAUGCUCAUGGCAGAACUGGAGGCUCACCCUGACCAAGAGGAGGACUACAGGUUCCUCCACAGCAUGCUGAGGGAGAAAAAGAUUCACCUGCUCUUCAAGAUCCAUGAGCGAUUGAAGCUUUUUGAAAAGAAAAGACCAAUCCCAGUCCAGGAGCAAGCAGCGGACCUGGCCUCUAAAUUGAUGAAGGAAGUGUUGCAUCAGGUCUGCAGAGAUGACGUCAAAGAGCUGGUGGCAAUUUUGUCUAAACCCCAUCUCAAGAGUCUCCUGUCUGUUCAUGAUGCUGUGGCUCACAGAGACUAUGAGCCCACGUUGCUUCCUGUACCUGAUGACUUUGUGGCAGAUGAGGAAGAUUCAGUCAAGAUUGUCAGCUUGGUAAAAACCGAAGAACCCUUAGGUGCAACUAUCAAAAGGGAUGAAUCCACUGGAGCCAUUGUCAUCGCAAGGAUAAUGAAGGGGGGUGCCGCAGAUAAAAGUGGCCUGAUCCAUGAAGGCGAUGAACUGAAGGAGGUGAACGGUGUUUCCAUGGAGUGCAGGAAACCAAAGGAAAUCCUUUCUCUCUUGGCUCGAUCAAAAGGUGAGGUGACGUUUAAGAUCAUCCCUGCUUUCUACAGAGAAGAGGUGUCAUCUCAGAAAAAGAAGCUGUUUGUGCGGGCAUUAUUUGACUAUAACCCUGAAGAAGACCCCACUGUUCCCUGCAAGGAGGCCGCUGUGGGUUUCAGAAGAGGGGACGUAUUACAGAUUGUCAGUUUGGAGGACGAGACUUGGUGGCAGGCCCGUCACCAUGGAGAUGGACAGUCCCGUGCUGGACUCAUCCCAUCACAGCAGCUACAUGAGAGGCGGGUGGCCCUGCAGCGACCCAGAGCCCUGUUCAAGCCUCGCACAUCCAAAGCACCAGAUGAAGCGCAAGUCUUGGAGGAUGUAGACUACCGAGCCAUCACAGGCUUUCAUAUUGCUGGUUUGAGAAGAAGUUUCCGACUCGGGAGGAAAGGUAGUGUAGCUCGAGAAGCAGUCCGCUCACGGAGGUGGAGUGCUGGGGUACAUGGCUCCAUCAGGCCCCCUACCUACGUGGAGGUUAUCCCCUAUCACAGAACCCCCACAGACAAGCACAGGCUGGUGGUCCUGGUUGGGCCGAGCGGCGUUGGCGUCAGUGAGCUGAAGAAGAGGCUGCUGAUCUCCGACCCGGACCGCUAUGCUGUCACCGUGCCCUAUACGACACGAGAGAGAAGGCAGCAAGAGACAGAUGCAGUGGACUAUCACUUUGUGCCACUUCACAAGUUUGAGGAAGGCAUUCUCCAUCAUAGGUUUAUUGAAUAUGGACGCUACAAGGGCCAUUACUACGGCUCAAGUCUAGACUCAGUCAACAGAGUCCUGGCAGAUGGCAAAGUGUGUCUUUUGGACAUGCACCCAAGUAACAUAAAGUGUGUGUACACAGCAGAGUACCGACCGUUUGUGGUGUUUGUGAAGCCCCCGAGGAUUGAGGAGCUUCGUCUGACCCGCCGCAGAGCCAAGUUCAUCUGUGAGGAGGAGGAUAAAAACCCAGUCCGUACCUUUACAGAGGAAGAUUUUGAGGAGAUGAUUGACACGUGUGAAUCCAUGGAGCGGGAGUAUGGAUACAUGUUUGAUAAGGUGUUGGUGAACGGGGACAUCGCGGUGGCGUUCAGAGAGCUGAAGUCUGCUGUGCUGCGGAUGACUGAGGCCGAAGUGCAGUGGAUCCCGAUGGAGUGGGUUUGUCCAUCGCCAGCAACUGCACGGAGGAGCUGCAGUCACUUAACAGGCUGGAUCUGAACUCAAAGCGUUCUUUCCACUUCAAGUUUAAAUUUCAUUGUUCUUUCACACAAUCAGACAGUUC